AUGGUGUUUACACGCUCUUCCAAUUCCACGCAGCCCUCGUCGUAUGCGACAAGCGGGUCCGAUUACUCCGGUGGAUCAAGACGGUCUCGACGCCUUGCCCAAAAACCAGUCGGAUACUUCAGCGAACAAUCCCAACAAGAACGAAACGAGACACUGAGAAAACAGCUCGAGGAAGAGCUUCCCUCACGGCUCGGAAAACGCGGCCGAGCUGGAAGUUUGUCGAAUGGCUCGAAGUCAAAGAAGCCUCGGCAGCUGCCCAAGCUGCCUGAGCAAGAGACUUUGGACAUAGAGACCUUUUUGGCUGAUCUUUCCAAUGACUACACUGAUGAAUGGGAGGCAAACCGGCCUCGGCCUAAGCUAGCUGCCAAAAAGAUGGUUUGGAAACGGGUUAAGACACCCCCUGUUGGACAACCGGUGAACCCGCCUAAGGGCUGGAGCGAGGAUGAGCCUGAUCUAGAUCCAGAGGAUUUCCCUGCUCAGAUUGCACGAUGCAAGGAGCGCAUUAGGGAAGGGCUCAUGGUGCAUGUUUAUGAAAUCAAACUGGGGGGCCUUCUGGAACUGAGACGCCAACAAUUUGAAUUGAUGGCAGAGACACCAGGAGUGAGCUUGGAUGUAGCUCACCGACUGAAAACCCUCGAAGGGAUGCUGGCGUCACUCGUUAACGAAGGGGAUAAGUUCAAUCUCAUUGAAAGCAUCGAGAAUAUCAUAGUGGCUUACAAGUCGGGGAUUUUGAAAUGGACCCCCGGCCUGGUCACGUACUGGAAUGAUGGGUAUCAACUAUGCCAGCCACGGCCAUUUGACUGGCGUGAAUUCCGAUAUCUUCAUGAUGAAAAUGAUGGAUUAAACACGGGAUUCCAUACAGAGGGCAUGAAACUAAGUCUUCGGAUUCCCUUGGCACCCCCAGGGCUAGCUCAAUGGACCGACCUAUCGUUCAUCGACGACACCGGUGCAAAUAUCAUGCAAAUUUAUUCUUCAGAUGUUAAAAACCUAAUGGAGAGUAAUCCUCAUACGUUUCAGGGCAAUUACCCCAUGCCUCGAUGCCUCGGCAUUGUAUCCUUGUCAAACGCCGACGGAACUAGCAACAGCCUAGUGGUCAGAGAAUUGGAAGUGAACAUCUGGGAUCGCAGCAAGGGUUGUUUCAUGGGCCAAUGGGAAUCGGUACCAGCAGUCAUCAGGCCUGGAGACUCCAUGGUAGGUGGUCGCCCUUUGCCCCGCCUGAACGGUCCAUGGGCGCGAUGGAGAUAUUAUACUGCGACGGUUCCCAAUGUUAAAAAGCUUGGAGUUUAUGAUUAUAAUCCCACCAAGCCACCACCCGGUUUCCAGUCUAUUGCAGAUGCGCCGCCACCUGCGCCAUAUGUGUCUCAAGGCUGGCAUUUAGAACCGACAGAAGACCAUAACGUUGACUUGAAUCUACCAGCAGGUAGAUGA